UCCCGCGGCUGUUUACAUCACGACCAAGCAGAAAGUCACAGGGUGGAGUUUCAGCUUGCGUACGAAAUAGAGAAAAACAUGUCCACGCCUAUAACAUUUGUGCACAUUUGGUCAUUUAAAUGCUUUCCCAAUGACUGUGUGCAUAAAGUGCCGAGUCGCAGACCGCAGGACAGCUGUAUAGGCCUAACUCACAGUAGUUCAUCUUCGUUGAAAGUUCGAAGGAAGCAAUGGACACAGAUCCCAACACCUCCUCUGAUGAACCCAGGGUGAAGCGAGGCUUUGACCAAAUGGUGUUCGCCAACAGAAGUCUGACACUGGAGAACAUCAAAUGCUUUGGAUUUGACAUGGACUACACGAUGGCAAUGUAUAAGUCUCCUGACUACGAGAGCCUGGGCUUUGAGCUGAUAAGAGACAGAAUGGUGUCUGUCGGAUACCCUCACGAGCUUCUACGCUACACGUACGACCCCAGCUUCCCCACACGCGGUUUAGUGAUCGACACCACCUACGGGAACCUUCUGAAGGUGGAUUCAAAUGGGAAUAUUUUGGUUUGCAGUCAUGGCUUCCGCUUCCUCAAUGGAGAAGACAUUCACAACUACUACCCCAACAAGUUCAUUCAAAGAGACGACACCGACCGUUUCUACAUUCUAAACACUCUCUUCAAUCUUUCAGAGACUUACCUCUACACCUGCCUUGUGGACUUCUUUACUAGAUGCACCAGAUACACAGUGCUCCUGAAAGGUUUCCAGCACGGCGACUUGUUAAUGUCCUACAGAAGCAUGUUCCAGGACGUUAGAGAUGCGAUGGACUUUAUUCACGACACAGGAACCCUGAAGGAACGGACUAUCAAGAAUUUGGAUAAAUACGUGAUCAAAGAUUCAAAUCUCCCUGUACUUUUGACCCGGCUUAAAGUGGUGGCCAAGGUCUUCCUCGCCACCAACAGUGACUACAAUUACACUAAGGAAAUUAUGAAAUACCUGCUUGAAAAUAAUGCUAAGCCUGAAAAUCCCAAACAGUCCUGGCGCUCCUUCUUCGACCUCAUCGUUGUAGACACCAGAAAGCCACUGUUCUUUGGAGAGGGGACUGUGCUGAGACAAGUGGACACAUUCACAGGAAAGCUUCGGAUCGGGACGUACACAGGUGAUCUCCAACAUGGAACUGUUUACUCCGGAGGAUCUUCAGACAUCAUCUGUGACCUGCUGGAUGUUAAAGGUAAAGACAUCCUCUACGUUGGCGACCACAUUUUUGGCGACAUUCUCAAGUCUAAGAAACGUCAGGGCUGGAAGACUUUUCUGGUCGUACCGGAGCUCAACAAGGAGCUGCAAGUGUGGGACCAGAAGAAAAGUCUGUUUGAGGAGCUGAAACGUCUUGACGUCUUCUUAGCUGAACUUUACAAGCACCUGGACAGUGGCAGUUCCAACUGUCCUGACAUCGAUGUCAUUCAGACAAGAAUGAAGGUGCUGACCUACAGAAUGGACAUGUCUUAUGGCCAGAUGGGCAGCCUCCUGCGCAGCGGUGCCAGACAGACGCUGUUUGCCAGCCAGCUGAUGCGUUAUGCAGAUCUAUACUCCUCCACCUGCUUGAACCUGCUGCACUACCCCUUUAACUAUCUCUUCAUGGCUCCCCCAGUCCUGAUGCCCCAUGAAGCGUUGUCUCUAAACUCGGCUGACGUCGCCUCAGAAUUCACUGUCACCAACAAUAUGGUCACGAUAAAAAGAAACUAAGUGCUGAAGACAGCUGACCAAGAGAAAUGUGAAGAUGCUCCUGAGUAAUCUUCUGGACAUUGAUGAAGGUGACUGUUUGUACCUGCGCUUGUAUAUAAAGACUUUGUUGCAGCCACGACAUGCCUCCUUUACAAAAAAACAAACUUAUUGCUCCACCACCUAGUGGAUAUGAAGUGCUAUGCCUUGCAGCUAGAUUUUAAGACUCAAAGCAAAACCAGAUUCAGAAUUACUGUGUUGUUACAUCUAGUGCUGAGUGUGCACUUUUGUUCCGAGGUUUGUGUAAUGGUAUUUAAGAAGUAACUUUAUUUAUUUGUUGUUUCUGCAACUUCUUUUGGAUUAUUUCAUACAUUCUUCAUAUUAUUGGUUCUCAUUGGUCACAAUUGAACAACAAACAUUGUGGUGUUAUAUGACAUUAGAAGAUCUCAGCUAAUAUUUAAGAACAUGCUCAGAUAAUUCUUAAAAUUGUGUCGGGGGGUCCUCUGUUUUUUAGAAACUAAUUACAAAGAAAACUGUUGAAGUAUGUGGCUUAUCCACAGUAACCAGGACACUGUAUCUGGAAAAACUAAAUGCAGAGUUUCUCAAAUGUAAUUUUUUUUAGCACCACAAAAAUCAUGUCUCUCCUUUUAAAUAAGAAGAAGGCAGAGAUUUCAGGAGCAGGUAAUGCAGAACCUGGGCAAAUAAAACAAGAAAUAGAACAUUUCAAGUUUUUCUUUUGUGCUACAUCUGUUGUCCACUGGAUGGCAGUGAAUAACCUCUGCAACAGACUCAGGUCAAGUCAAUGUGUUUAAAGGUGUGUGAACGGGCUGAAUACUGCAAACAAGUACAACAUGUUACCUGAUAAAACAAUAAUCCAUCUCUAUAUUUCAGAUCAAUGAACAUGAAUCACUGUGUUUACAAUAAAAUGGGAUAUAGAAUAUGUGUUCUAAAACUUAAACAGUAGCUCAUCGACCGCUGCAUGUUUUUGUAUUUCCCCUAAUAAAACUAAUCUUAUUUUGCUCUUGUCAUAGCGGAGACACA